AUGAAUCCCCUUGCUCCUACCGCUACAAUGCCAGUUGUGCCGCAAGGAUUACUCCUAGGAGUUCCUCAUGUUGCUCCUCAUGCGGUCAUACCCGGGGCUGCUCCAGUAGUUAUUCCUCAGGCACCCGUAGCGGCGGAGGUUUCGGGUCCUCCAAACAACACAGUGUACAUCAAUAAUCUCAACGAAAAAAUCAAACGUGAUGAGCUCAAGAAAUCACUCUAUGCUGUAUUUGUUCAGUUUGGAAGAAUUUUGGACAUAAUUACGUCGAAAACUCACAAAAUGCGUGGCCAGGCGUUUGUUGUAUUCGACGAUGUAAAUAGUGCGGCUACCGCACUCCGGGCAAUGCGUGGAUUUCCGUUAUAUGAGAAGCCAAUGCGUAUACAGUUUGCGAAGGUUGAUUCGGAUGUCGUGGCCAAGCGUAAAGGUACCUACGUUCCUCGUCCUAAGGUGGCAAACAAGGCGGCAGCAGCCGCCGCUGCAGCAGAGGCGGCCGCAGCGGCUGCCGCAUAUGAUGCCGUGGGACCUCAGGGAGGAACAAGCGCUCGAGCUAUUCGACGACGACAACAGCGUGCAGCAGCGGCUGCCGCCGCCGCUGCUGAAGCAGCUGGUGCUGGUGGGGCAGCCAUCCCACCACCAGAGGGUGGUCUAGGAGACACCCAAAACCAAGCUCCACCGCCACCACCUCCAAUCAAUCCCGCUACUAUCCCGGAUCAGCCACCGAAUAAAAUUCUUUUCCUUACUAAUUUACCCGAUGACGCAAAUGAAGCUAUGAUCAGUAUGCUGUUCAACCAGUUCACUGGCUAUCGGGAGGUCCGCAUGGUCCCUGGACGUUCUGACAUAGCCUUUGUUGAGUUUGAUAGCGAAGUGGAAGCCUCUGCCGCCAAACACGGACUUCAAGGUUUUACCAUUCGUCCCGGUGUACCGAUCCGCAUCACAUUUGCCAAAAAAUAA